AUGAGACCAAACGCGACUUACGAACAGCUCUCGAUGCUCUGUCCAGGCGACAAAUUCCCAACCCAGCAACGCAUUCUCGACGAUGCCCACAUUCCAGGGAUUGGUAAGUGGUUUCUCGACCACGAGAAGACGCAGAAGUGGUUGACUGGGGACGGCAAACAGGUAUUGUGGCUCCAUGGACCAAGCGCAAGUGGAAAGACAUUCCUGAGUUCAAGUCUCGUCAACCACAUCCAUGAGAACAACUCCAUGGGAGUCGGUAUCUUUUACUUCGGCCAACGUGACGUGCAGAAUAACCUCGCCGAUUACGAUCUCGCAUUCCGCUCUAUAACCCGACAACUCGUCUCCCAAACGCCCGGCUCGCUCGGUCUCUACCAAGGCAUCUUGGACAACGACGAGAUCGGCGUCCAAGACAUAGACGGGUCAUCGGACAUUCUCGAGACGAUUCAGAGUGUUUUCGGCAGGAUGGUUGUUGUCCUGGAUGGUGUGGAUGCAACUAAUGAGAGAGGCCUGGCGCAAUUGUUACAUCUUCUCUUGGAAUUCAGCAGGAUUCCUUCGUUAAGGGUAUUGAUGACAAGCCGAUCUGGAGCACCCGACCGUCUCAAAGACUAUGGACUAUCAGAAGUCGAAGCGCGCUCACCCGACUCGGAUAUCGCUCUCUACUUUGCCAAGUAUAUCGACGAGUCGCACGUUGACCACGAAGUACUGCAUGAGUCGCACACCAGAUUACUACCGUACCAGAAGUUCAUCGACAUUUCCAACGGAUUGUUUCUUCCUCUCAGGCCCAAUUGGUUCAGUAACAUUGCCUCGCAGCCAAACAAGACCUUUCUUGAUCUGGUCGAAGCCGGGUCACCAGAUGUUCCAAAGGCAUUUUGCCAGGCCUUGGUAAGAGAUCUUCAGCUUUCUGAAGAAUCUGAUACAAUUCUUUAUCUGCUGUAUCAUGUUGUCAAGUGCGAUGAAAUGGGCUAUUUCUUUACUGCACGAAUGGUACACGAAGCGAUUGAUGCUUGGGGCAUCCGGAACCAAGAUGUGACCCAGUGCACGACUGAUGAGAUCAUUGGGCCCUUUCAGCGCUUGGUAUUCAUAGACAGCAAAACUCAGGCCAUGGUAAUUCGAUCACCGCUGCUGAUGAAUCAUCUUCGCAACACCGUCUUCGGAGACGAGUAUCAUAAAAGGCAUGCAACAGCCUCCAUUCAAUACCUCUCAAACCCAGAUUUCGCAACCGGGGCAUGCAAAUCAUCAAAAGAACUAAAAGAGCGCUUCCAAGCCCAUCCGUACCUCUGGUUCGCCGCCAAAUGCAAUCUUCCCAGAUCUCUCCCGCCAUCUUUCGAAUCUGACUUUUUCAUCUUUGUUGCUUCUCAAGGAAAUCUCGAUUCGUACCUACAAGCAAGAGAAGCAUGGCCCUACCUCGAUGACGAAACAUACGACGAGUGUGAGAGGGAUACCGAGCGAUGGAAUUGUUAUACCCGCGGCACUACGGCGCUUGGUCUUGCCGUGACGCUUGGUAAUGAAGGUAUACUUCGCAAAUUCAUUGAAAAAGGUGCAGACCUCGAGGCUCGUGAUGGGGAUUUGAAUACGGCGCUUCAUAUCGCAGCGUUCGACGAGGAUGAGUCUGAUAUGCUUAAGGUCCUUUUGCAGGCUGGCAGUAAUGUGGCUGUGGUUAAUGAAGAGGGUCUGACGCCAUUGGCUAUUGCUAUUGUUCAUGGAAGCUUGGACUCUGUUAAGUUGUUGAUUGAGUUUGGUGUUGAUGUACGGAGGCUUGAUGAGGAGGAUCUGAGGCUGUGUGUGGAUGAGAAGCCGGACAUUGCGGAAUAUCUGGCUGGACUAGGUGUUGAGAUGCCAGUGCGGGAUGAUGGGGACGAUGAUGAAGACGAUUAG